AUCGACAAACUAUGUGAUUCGAUUCAUACAAUAUAACUGCCAAUUUAAAAAUUGUCUUUAAACAGUUAAAUCGAACGGAAACCAAUCAAUCAGAUCGAACCAGAAUUCGUCUGGUUUUUGAAAACUUCCAAAAUGACUUUGGGGUUAGCCUCAUUCUUCAGGAGAAAUUAGGAAUAGAUUUAUGUGUGUGAAAGGGGAAACUAAAAUUGGGAAGAAGCUUGAGAAAUCACGCGUCUCAGAAGAAGAGCUGAUUAAGAAAAUUGAAGGGUUACUAAGAUGUGGUAAGAGUUGCAGAUCUCAAAAGAGGAAAUAUCUCUAUGAAGAGGAAGCCAUCAUCACUAAGUUGCAUGCUUCUUUUGGCAACAGGUUGGGCGUUGAUCUACUCUUUAGGAUCAGGGUCAGGGACUCAGGGUCAGCAUCAGUGGGUGCUGAUACAUGGAAGGCUCAUUUAGCCAUGGCCAUGGUGCAGCUCUUAUAUGGUGGAUACCAUGUCAUCACAAAAGUGGCCCUCAAUGUUGGUGUCAACGAAUUAGUCUUCUGUGUGUUUAGGGAUCUCGUUGCCCGCAAUGCCAACUCCAGAAGUUAG